ACUAACAAUAGCUUUGCUGUUGCCAGCAAUCUGCCUUCUCUAAUCGACUUUCCGCACUUUCAACAUCAUAUCGCUUGCCGCAGUCACGUAUAUAUCUAGAAUCUCUCGUCUACAUUAUCAGAUAGCGACUGGCCGCAUCGCAGUACCGCCGUCGCAUCCACAUUCCACAUUAAUCCACAACGACAUAAGUGUUACAAGCCUUUGGUGAUGGUGUCACCUACUACCAGCGCAAUGCCACCUCAGCGCGAACCUCCCAGGCCGCCGCCGCCAGCUGUCGUCGAAGCCGAAAUGCAGUGGAUAUUCACCGAGGAGGAACUGCUGCUAGCCCCAUCCAUAACCGACGGGAUGCCCGCGGAAGAAGAAAGGACAUUACGGCGAAAGGGUGUCAACUUUAUCUUGCAGGUCGGGAUGAUGCUCAAGCUGCCACAAACGACGCUCAGCACGGCGGCUGUCUUUUUUAACCGCUAUCUGAUGCGCGCGAGCUUGAAGGCCCGACCGGGAUACAAGCCACUACACCAAUACCAAAUUGCCGCAACUGCGCUAUUCCUUGCUACCAAAGUUGAAGAAAACUGCCGCAAAAUGAAAGAGCUCGUCGUAUCCUGUGUACGAGUCGCAGUCAAAGACCCGAACAAGCUUGUCGACGAGCAAACAAAAGACUUCUGGAAAUGGCGAGAUACCAUCUUGUACAGUGAGGAUGUUCUGCUAGAGGCCAUAACCUUCGACCUAAACGUCGAAUCACCAUACAAAACCAUGUACGACAUGAUGAAGUACUACGGUGUGGAGCAUAACAAGAAGCUGCGAAACUCGGCGUGGGCUUUCCUAUCCGAUUCAACAAAUACACAGAUGUGCUUACUAUACACAUCACGGACCAUCGCCGCGGCAUCUCUAUACUAUGGCGCGCGCAUGGCCGAAGUUCAACUAGAAGAUGAUGAUGGAAUGCCGUGGUGGGAGAUCCAGCACGUCAAACUGCGCGAUAUCAGGAAAGCAUGCAAUCUAAUGGCAGACUUGUACGAGAAAUCGCCUGACAAAGACGGAGAGCCUAAUAUGUACGCCGGGCUUAGGACGCCUGAAGACGGCAUUGACGAAGACACACCCCGGAGCAUGGAAGGCGUUCAAAUGACAAUUCAAACACAGCCUCCUGCUAAUGGCACUGUCGAGGGUAAUGCGACUGAAAGAGGCAGCGAAGAGGGUGAACUGGAUGGCUAGAAGGCAACAACACAGUCUUCUGUUGACCGUAGUAGCAUCGGGAUCGACGAGUACCCCGAGCUGACGAGUUACAACGGUCCCUCUUCUUCAGUAUCGUCUUCGACGAUAUCAUCAUAACUUGGUGGGGUAAUCUGAACGAAAUCGCUGCGUUUUGUUAUCAAGAGAGGAUGGGCGAAUAGGCGUUUGGUAAUGGCAAAGAUACCACUGGAAAGAGGCACAUUUCCAAUAUUCGUAAGCCUGGUAAAUGAACAUUAUUCUUCUUCA